GAAAAUUUCUUAAUACAUUUUCGCAUGCAUUUAAUUUGUAGUUGUGCCCAAACGAUUUGUUAGUGUAAAGCAAUGUCACCGCACCGCUGAUGCCACUAGUGUCAGCUACCCGUCUUGGCCUGCUGCAAAUUGAACGCAUCAGCUUGUUGGACACUCAAUCACCCAAAUUCUAGACGGAUAAAGGCUGAACUGGCAACACUGCAGUCGCCAGAGCCGCCGCCGACACAAUACUCGGGCAAAAUGAAUAAACCAAAGUGCACGUUGGCUUUUUGUUAAUUUUUCGCAAUUUUUGAUUCGUGUCGUCAUCUUGCCAUCGUCAUCGUCAUUGCCAUUGUCAACUGUCGCCCACCACCCGCUCAGACCCUCCCACCAUCUUCGACAGUCUUGUGGGGGACACAUUUCGGCAGAGCCUUGUUCCCAGCGCAGCAUUGAUUGAGCCCGCCCCACACCUCAGCAUCUCUCAGUCGUUAUCAUAUUCCAAUAUACUGUUCAGUUAUGUCAUCGACAGCCGGUAAACGCAAGGAGAUCUACAAAUAUCUCGCACCAUGGCCGCUCUACUCCAUGAACUGGAGCGUGCGGCCGGACAAGCGAUUCCGCCUUGCCCUGGGCAGCUUCAUUGAGGAAUACAACAAUAAAGUGCAAAUCAUCAGCUUGGACGAGGACACCAGCGAAUUUAGUGCUAAAAGCACCUUUGACCAUCCAUAUCCGACGACAAAAAUCAUGUGGAUACCGGACUCGAAAGGCGUUUAUCCCGAUUUGCUAGCCACCAGCGGUGACUAUCUGCGCGUUUGGCGUGCUGGCGAGCCGGACACAAGACUCGAGUGCGUUCUGAACAACAACAAGAACAGCGACUUUUGUGCUCCGCUCACUUCGUUCGACUGGAACGAGGUGGAUCCAAAUCUGGUGGGCACCUCCUCCAUAGACACAACAUGCACCAUCUGGGGACUCGAGACGGGACAACCGCACGCCCGCGUCUAUGUGGCGGGACAUGUUAAGACACAGCUGAUAGCCCACGACAAGGAGGUCUAUGACAUCGCAUUCUCACGUGCCGGCGGUGGACGGGACAUGUUCGCCUCCGUGGGUGCCGACGGAUCGGUGCGCAUGUUCGAUCUGAGGCAUCUGGAGCAUUCGACCAUUAUUUAUGAGGAUCCUGCCCACACGGCGCUACUGCGUCUGGCUUGGAACAAACAGGAUCCGAAUUACUUAGCCACAGUUGCUAUGGACUCGUGCGAAGUUAUUAUUUUAGAUGUUCGUGUUCCUUGUACACCCGUUGCAAGACUGAGCAAUCACAGAGCGUGCGUCAACGGUAUUGCGUGGGCGCCGCAUAGUUCCUGUCACAUCUGCACUGCCGGUGAUGAUCACCAAGCACUGAUCUGGGAUAUACAACAAAUGCCACGCGCAAUCGAGGAUCCAAUUUUAGCCUAUACAGCUGCCGAGGGCGAAGUCAAUCAGAUUCAAUGGGGCGCCACACAGCCCGAUUGGAUAGCCAUAUGCUACAACAAAGCGUGCGAGAUCCUCCGAGUCUAAGAGUCAAUUUUGUCCCUGCCUGCCUCCUGCCUUUGGCUGUGGCUCUAAAGCACUUGGAUGUAAUUGCUAAACAACGCACAGUCAAC